CACACACAACGCAAAGACAACCCUUGCUCUAUAAAUUCCCCCUUCACAUCCACCUCACACCCACCACAGUUUUCAUUCUCCAAACUUCAACCAUCAUCAUUCUCUUCACUCUCACCCAAAUCACAAAGUUUCAAUUUUUAUCCUUCUCUCUCUCUCUCUCUCUCUCUCUCUCUCUAAAUCUGGCUCAGAAAGCGAUGAAGCAGCUGAUUCGCAAGCUCUCGCGCGUGGGCGACUCCUCGCAGUACACGCUCCUCCGCUCCGACUCCCGGCGGCCGCGCCGCGCCGGGUCCCUCCGCCGGCACGUGGGAGUUCCCGUGGGGCACGUGCCGGUCUACGUGGGCGAGGAGAUGGAGCGGUUCGUGGUGAGCGCGGAGCUGCUGAACCACCCGGUUUUCGUGAAGCUCCUGAACCGGUCCGCGCAGGAAUACGGGUACGAACAGAAGGGUGUGCUCCGAAUACCCUGCCACGUCAUCGUGUUCCAGCGAGUUCUGGAAGCGCUUCGACUCGGUCGCAACUCGCUCCAAGACAUUCAUGACCUCCUUACCUCUUCCCAAGAAUUUUCCUAGAUUCACCCUUUCUUCUCUCUAUUGCUCACUUGUAAAUAUACGGUGUCGUUUUGCAUCAACCAGAAAGGAGCAAUUUUUAUUUACUUCUCUCUUUUUUUUUCCCUCUCUUGUGGUCACCAAACUGCAGAUAUGAGAGGAGACUAGGUUUUGGUUUUGCCUUUUUUCAAUUUAAUUGUUCAUAUUUUAGAAUGAUAAUACUAUAUACUAUGAGAUCGGAAGAGGACAUUGGAUCUGUUAA